UUUUUUAUUGUUCUGUGUCCCUUGUAUAGCAGCACAGAUUGCUUAAGAGAAUGGCACUCCGUGGAGUUUGACCCGGGAGCCCUGAUAGUGAAAAUAAUGCACUUCUCACCAGAGCCACGGGAGACCAAAAGAGUAACUUCGGUCAAUUAGUUUAACUUUGACUAUAAAUAUUCCUUCUCAUUCCUUGUGACCCUGUUAACAGCUCCGCUGGCAAACCCCGAUUCUCUGGCAAUAUUUAAGCUGCCUGUCAGUUGGCAGAGCCCUGCUGGUGCCCGGCGCGGGGAGCAGAAUAAGACCCGGCUGAGCGCAGUGCGUGUGUCAGGCCCCAGGAGCCAUGGAUGUCACCAGCGUGCCCCCAGCCUCUGUGACCCCCUCGUGGGACGUGUUCCCCCAGCAGACCCUGGAGCCCGUGGACAUCGCUGUGCUGGUGCUCUAUUUCCUCUUUGUCCUGGCCGUGGGGCUCUGGUCCAUGUGGAAGACACAGCGCAGCACCGUCAAAGGAUAUUUCCUGGCCGGGGGACAGAUGGCCUGGUGGCCUGUGGGCGCAUCCCUGUUUGCCAGCAACGUGGGCAGCGGGCACUUCAUCGGCCUGGCUGGCUCGGGAGCUGCCUCGGGAAUCGCUGCCACAGCCUACGAGUGGAAUGGGAUGUUCUGUGUCCUGGUGCUGGCCUGGCUCUUCCUGCCCAUCUACAUCGCCUCGGGGGUCACAACCAUGCCGGAGUAUUUGCGGAGACGUUUUGGAGGCAAAAGAAUUCAGAUAUUCCUGGCCAUGCUUUAUUUAUUCAUCUACAUCUUCACCAAAAUAUCUGUGGACAUGUACGCCGGAGCCCUGUUCAUCCAGCAGGCCUUGCACUGGGACCUGUACAUCGCUGUGGCCGGGCUGCUGGCCAUCACUGCCGUGUACACCGUGUCUGGUGGCCUGGCAGCUGUGAUCUACACUGAUGCCCUGCAGACCCUCAUCAUGCUCAUCGGGGCCGUGUCCCUCAUGGUCUUCAGUUUUAUUGAAGUUGGUGGCCUUGAAGGUUUACAGGCAAAAUACUUUGAUGCCAUUCCCAGCAUCCGCAAGGAGAACAGCAGCUGUGGCCUGCCCAGGGAAGAUGCUUUCCACAUUUUCCGAGACCCUGUGAGCUCUGACCUGCCCUGGCCAGGAGUCUUGGUGGGAAUGACCAUCCCAUCCCUGUGGUACUGGUGCACAGACCAGGUCAUUGUUCAGAGGUCCCUCGCUGCCAAAAACCUCUCCCACGCCAAAGGAGGCUCCUUGAUGACCUCCUACUUGAAGAUUUUGCCCCUCUUUAUGAUGGUAAUGCCAGGCAUGAUCAGCCGGGUUCUCUUCCCAGAUCUGGUGGCCUGUGCAGACCCACAAAUUUGCCAAAAAAUCUGUGGCAACCCCUCUGGCUGUUCUGAUAUUGCUUAUCCCAAGCUGGUGCUGGAGCUCCUGCCUGUAGGACUCAGGGGCCUGAUGAUGUCAGUGAUGAUCGCAGCCCUCAUGUCCUCCCUGACUUCCAUCUUCAACAGCGCCAGCACCAUUUUCACCAUGGACCUGUGGAAACACUUCCGUCCCCGCUGCUCCGAGUGGGAGCUGAUGAUCGUGGGCAGGGUGUUUGUGCUGCUGCUCACCGUGGUGUCCAUCCUGUGGAUCCCCCUGGUGCAGGCUGGCCAGGGUGGGCAGCUCUUCAUCUACAUCCAGUCCAUCAGCUCCUACCUGCAGCCGCCCGUGGCCGUGGUGUUCAUCCUGGGCUGCUUCUGGAGGAGAGCCAACGAGAAGGGAGCCUUCUGGGGGCUGCUGCUGGGGCUGCUGCUGGGCGCCGUCCGCCUGGUGCUGGAUUUCAUCUACCCCGAGCCGCAGUGCGGGGAGCCCGACGGCCGGCCCGGCGUGGUCAAGUACAUGCACUACCUCUACUUCUCCAUGGUGCUGGCAGCCGUCUCCACCCUCACCGUGCUCGUGGUCAGCGUGGCCACCGAGCCCCCAGCCCCCGAAAUGAUAAGUCGUCUCACCUGGUUCACCCGUGGGGACCCUGUGCCCAAGCAGGAGCUGGCAGCCAAGGACCCGGCCACGCUGCAGCUGGAGCUGAGCCCUGCUCCCGACAACAGUUCAGAUGAUAACAAAUGUGCGGCCGAGGCCAAGGGGAGCUCGAAGCUGCUGAGCACCUUCCUGUGGCUCUGUGGGAUGGAGAGCAGGCAGGAGGGUGCUGAGAACGUGCCCAAAGCAGAGCCCCUGCCCGUGGCUUCCCUGGAGGAGAAGCCGCUGGUGAAACACAUCCUGAACAUCAACCUGCUGCUGUGUGUGUGUGCUGGAGUCUUCCUCUGGGCAUACUUCGCAUAGCCAGGGGAUGCCACCCCACACUACAUCAACUAAUCCUAAUUGGUGUAAAUAUUAAUGAUUAGCAGAGGGUUAGUGUCAUUCCUAAUGCUUUCUAAAUUUUAUUUCUUUAUUUAAGACAUUUCAAAGACAUAAUAUUUUCCUUAUUUCUAAUGGGGGCCUGGCUGUGCCUAGGGCCGAGCACUUGGCACUGGCACCGUCAGACCCUGCCUGGCACCAACCAGCUGAGGAAGGUUGGUUUGGUUAUUUUAAAUAUUUAAUUUUGCUCUUUGGCCUCAGAGCACUGCCUGGAACUCAGGAAGCCUGGAUUCUCCUCCUAUUUAUGCCUCUAUAACCAGCUACGACCACUUGGGUCCCCUUUGGUUCGGCUCCUCUGGCCUUGAGGGACAAGUGACAGCUCGAGUGGCCGGAGCAGAGCCAGGGGGUGUUGUCUGGGCUCUGCUGGGUCUGUCUGGGAGCUCUGCCUGAGUUACCACCACUGACACUCCAAUGGCAACACCAACACCGGCCCCCGGCCUGGAAACUGCCCCAAAACUGCUGCUGGAGGCAGCUGAAGGACCUAAACCAGCCAAAGGCACCGGGAGUGCCAGGGCAGAGGGGGCCAGGGGCAGCCCCUCGUGGCCUGGGCACCCACAGCCGUUCUGGGAGUGCCUCAGUGGAGAAGCCGGGGCUGGGCCAUCCCUGGGGCCUCGUGAAGCUGCAGAGAAACAUUAAAGAGUGAGAGCUGC